AUGGAGAGUGAGGAUGAAUUUGAAGAAACUCAUGCAAAAACGCAGCAAUCCCUGGUGUCCACGCCCAAACUGAAACUUGAUCUCUGUACAGGUGUAGACCAUAGCAAGGGCCUGUUCAAGUUUUUCCCAAAGAUUUCAUGUGAGGAGCAUUUACAGCAUGCUUGGAUACCUUUCUCUUGGGAACUCAAGGACCAGGAGCAGGAUCAUCAUCAGCAACAAUUUGACAAGUUUGAGAAGGCUGCUCGCAAGCAGGAAAGGGCAGCUGAGCAUAAGAUAAAACACAUGCAAACAUGCAACUUAGGACAGAAGCGCAAGCAGGAGGGCAUGGAGGCUUUGUGUGUCAACUGGCAGAGCCCCCUUCUAUGGCCAACUAUUGAAAUGGCUGCUCUUUGUGUUGGCUAUGCAAUGUCACUGGUGGAGAUUGAGUGUGAGCUUAAGCAAGUUGAUCCCACCCACUUUUGCCGCAUCUCUGCACAACUUAUAGGAAGCUGGAUUGACCAUCACAGUGGAAUGCAACCUGUGUGGCAUGUCAGUGUCCUUGCCUGUGUUCAAAAGGGCAAUCUUCCAUUGACGACUGCUACACCACCUGGUAUCCUCUCAAAGUAUCCUAAUGUCAUGAAGACCAUUAUAGAAGAUCUGCAUUCUCUGCGCACUGUCAGUGUUGCUCUAGACACAAUGUGUUGUCGUGGUGUGAUCAUCACUCACCUCAUGGUCUCAUGCCCUGAUGUAUUUGAGGUUGUUGCCAAGGACGGCUCACACUUCUGA